AUGUCUCUCUACAGGACUUUACCGGUUAAGAGCCUACGAGCUAGUGGAUCGCGGCCUCAAAUUUUCUCAUUGGAUGCUGCUGACGAUGCAUCAAGUGUCAAGAGUUUCCCAGUGCUCCCCCUAGACAAAAGCUUGUCUCCGAAGAUCGGGAUGGGAUACGGGGUGCGGAAGACAGCACGAGCGGCGAUAAAUGUGUGGUUCAUUGCCUCUGCCGCCGGCUACGCCAUGCUUUUGAUGUUUUUCCUUUUAGUUUGUCUCUUUCUUAGAAACGAACUAGACAUCGACGUCGUCACUUCGUUGGUGCGCACACAGAACGAGCUCCUCCAAGCGCCCAUAGAUUGCAAGGUGGCAAGCCGACGCCCUCUGGAUAUCGGAAUAUUUCAGCCAGAAUGGUCGAACGGGGAACUCCACCUAGGAACACUUAGAGAAAAUGACAAGCCUGUCCAAGCACCUGACUUAAGCUUGGUUCACUCGAUGCCACGCCUAAGGAGGGGGCAAUCUAAGUCUGUUUAUACCGUCUAG